AUUAUUUACUGGAAUUAAUCAUGAACUUGCCUAAUAUUCCAACAGUGCCGAGGUAAAAAGCUACACUGCUGCACUUUUGUACAAGAGUGAAGACUUUCUGAGUUGGACAAGCGUUGAUCACCCACUGUAUUCUCAUAAUUUGUCCAAUAUGUGGGAGUGCCUGGAUUUCUUUGCGGUAUUGCCGGGCAAUAACAGUGGACUGGACAUGUCCGUAGCGAUCCCAAGAGGCGCCAAGCAUGCCCUCAAAAUGAGCAUGGGUUACUUUGACAAGUACUUGAUUGGGGUGUAUGAUCUCAAACGUGAUGCCUUUGUGGCAGAUACUAUCGUAGAUGACUGUCGGCUGUGGUUGAAGAUUGAUUACGGCAAUUUCUAUGCUUCGAAGUCAUUCUUCGACUCGAAAAAGGGCAGGAGGAUCAUAUGGGGUUGGUCUAAGGAAGCAGAUUGUCGUUCAGAUGAUGUUGCAACAGGUUGGGCAGGAAUCCAUACAAUCCCGAGGACGAUUUGGUUAGACAGUGAUGGCAAGCAGUUGCUGCAAUGGCCAGUUGAUGAGAUUGAAUCCCUUCGAACAAAUGAAAUCAACCAUCAAGGACUAGAGUUCAACAAGGGAGAUCUGUUUGAGAUCAAUGGAGUUGACAAUUUUCAGGCGGAUGUGGAGAUAGAUUUUGAGCUGACGUCCAUCGAUGACGCCGAUCCUUUUGAUCCUUCAUGGCUUUUGGACGCCGAGAAGCAUUGUUGUGAAGCAGGUGCAUCGGUUCAUGGUGGUAUAGGGCCAUUUGGACUUGUUAUUCUGGCCUCCAACAACAUGGAGGAGCACACUACCGUGCACUUCAGAGUCUACAAGUCACUGCAAAAGUACAUGAUACUCAUUCGCUCUGAUCUAAGAAGGUCUUCCAUGAGACCAGGACUCUGCACACCAGCCUAUGGACGCUUCUUUGAAUUUGAUCUUGAAAAGGAAAGGAAAAUAUCUUUGAGAACUCUGAUUGAUCGAUCUGCGGUGGAGAGCUUUGGUGGUGGUGGCAGUGUCUGCAUCACGGCUAGAGUUUAUCCGGUGUCGCUUGUCGAUGACGGCGGGGCCCAUAUGUAUGUCUUCAACAAUGGAAGUACCAUGGCCAGGGUGCCGCAGCUCAGGGCAUGGAGCAUGAGGAAAGCACAAGUGAAUGUGGAGAAGGGUUGAAGUGAUUGUUAGCA